AUGGCAAAGUUUUACGGAUACGUGACUCUGGACAUCAUCGCAGAUCUUACGUUUGGGGAAUCCUUCUAUGGUUUAGAGGGCGACAAUGAGCACUCCUGGAUACUGGGCUUCUUCCUCGGCGCAAAGUUUGGCUCGGUGAGAAACAGCCUGAGCCGCUUCCAUCCCAUCGACAAGAUUUUCGGAUGGAUAUUCCUUCGGUUGACGGCGAAGAACAGGGCGCGCAGCUGGCAAGUCGCAACGGACAAGAUCUCGCGUCGAUUGGAUAUGGGGGAUUUGGGUCCGUCGAGAUCGGAUUUCAUCACGCCUGUUGUUGGGAGGCUGGACGAGACGCAGCAGAAGGGUAUUACAAGGAAAGAGCUGAACACAAACGCACUUGCCGUCGUCAUUGCUGGGUGCCAAUUGACUACUGUGGCAUUGGCCACGUCCACUUAUCUUUUGAUGCGCUACCCCGAGACUUUGAAGCAACUUACAAAAGAGGUCCGGGAGAGCUUUGAGUCAGAGGCCGGCAUCACAGUUCUUUCCACUAUGAAUCUACCAUAUCUCACGGCUGUUAUCAAUGAAACCCUACGCAUCCAUCAUCCCACGCCGAUCAAUCUUCCGAGAGUUAUCCCUCCAGAAGGCCAAACGAUUGAUGGCCAUUGGAUUCCGGGAGGGAAUAUCAUCGGCGUAAAUUUGCAAAACAUCCAGAACGAUCCCAACAACUGGGUAGAGCCUCGCGUUUUCCAUCCUGAAAGAUUCCUGCCCGAAACCGAUUCGAGAUACCGGAAACGUUUCGAUAAGGAUGAUAAACAGGCUUUCCAGCCGUUUUCGGUGGGUGGGCGGAAUUGUAUGGGUGGGAAGGUCUUCCUCGCAGAGGCACGAAUGAUUCUCUCAAAGAUGGUCUGGAACUUUGAUCUUGAGAUGGCUGAUCCUAGUGAUGGGAACUGGAUGGAUCAGAAGGCUUACCUCGUCUUUGAGCCCAAGGCGUUGAUGGUCAAGCUGAAGGCGAAGGCUUUAGUGUAG